CGCCAUAGCUCUCUCAGGCUCUGUAGGUAAAGAAGCUAUCAGGAUGCUCCGUAACAGAGUGAAAUCAAAUUUCGACGGUCAUCUGCCUUUUCAUCAUCGUUUUGUCCUCGUCACAGAAGAAAUGAUGUUGCGUUGUCGUUUUACCAUCACUGAUGAAGAUCAAGUUGCUCCGCUGUCGUUUUGUGUUUGUCCACUGAAGACAGAGACGAUGCAGUGCCGUUUCCCUCUUUCUUCUUUAAGCUGUACUUUCUUUUACUCCAAGUCAGACUUGGUUCCCUUUCCAAGCUACCAAACAAUGUCCAUGGAAGCUUGUCUGUUUGUAUGUUGCUAAGCCUAUAAGAGGCGGAUUUGAUGAAUGAGAAAGGCAGGAACUAGGUUUUCAGUCUCUCCAUCUUGUUCCUUUGUUAUGGUAUCAGAGCCUGGGAUAAAACCCUAGCCGCCACCACUCUUUUCCAAUGGCUGAUAAUCAGGCUGCACCACAGCCACAACCAGACCCACAACCACAAGAUCCACAACGACCAAAUGUUGUUGAUCCUGCUUCUGACCCCUUCUUCCUCCAUGGUUCUGAGCAACCUGGAUCCCUUCUUGUUGAUGAAAAACUCACAACAACUAACUACAAUGAUUGGAGCAGAGCUAUGCUCAACGCCCUUGCAGCCAAAAACAAGCUGAGCUUCAUCAAUGCUUCAAUACCUGAACUACCAGUUACAGAUCCAAGGCAUGGAGCUUGGACACGCACACAACGUUAUGAUUCUUAGUUGGAUCCAGCAAGCCACUUCUUCAGAGAUUCGCAAGACCAUCCUCUCCAGCAAAACAGCAGCAGAAGCUUGGAAAAGCCUUCAAACACGUUAUGGAUCUAGUGAUCUUAUCUGCAUAGCAGAGCUUGAAGAAGCACUCUCUUCCCUGCAGCAAGGUAACCAGACUGUAACUGAGUACUAUGGUAGAUUGAUUACUCUAAAAAAUGAGUUAGAGAAUUAUCAACCUCUACUGCCAUGCUCCUGUACUCCAACCAGUCACAAUACCUGUGUUGCCAUGCUAACAGUUCAUCAGUACCAAGAAACAAGUUAUGUUAUUAAAUUCCUUAGAGGCCUCAAUGAAAAUUUCUCUGGGGUUAGAGCCCAAGUGCUAUUUGGAGAUGAACUACCAAACAUCAACAGGGUCUUCCAAAGGAUGCUUCAACACGAAAGACAACUCUAUGGCACUCAAUCUGGAAAGUUAACAGCAUCUAUGCAGACAGAUUCAUCAGCAAUGGCAUUUCAAGGAGGCAACAGGAGGCCAAACCAAAAUUCCAAACUUCCUUACUGCACAUUCUGCAGAAGGGAAGGCCAUACUGAAGACAUAUGUUUUCAGAAACAUGGAUGGCCUCCUGGUAUGACCAAACCUUCCUCUUCCACACCUGGCACAAGUGCACAACCACUACUUGUUCUUACUGCAAAAGAAGGGGACACACUGAAGACAAGUGUUUUCAGAAAAAUGGCUACCCUGCCAAUUUUGUGCCUAGGAACCCCAAUUCAGUUGCUAGUAGAGGAAGACCUACUGUGAAUUCUGCUGUCACCAAUGCUCCACCAGACGAGGUCAAACUCACAAGAGUUGAUUAUGAGAAGCUUCUGCGCCUAAUGAAUGCUCAACAACCUUCCACUUCUUUCUCUGCUGCUGCUUUUGUCACAAACAAAGGUAUUCUUCCAACUCCUAUCUUUAUUGUCUUCUCAUCUACACAGACAAUGUGGAUAGUCGACACUGGAGCAUCAGACCAUAUUGUAUGCUCUCUAUCUUACUUACAAGACCCUCAACCAUUGACAAACAUCUACAUAACCCUACCCACUGGAACCAAAGUCCAAGCCACAUUCUGGCACAACUGUUUGCAGUGAUGAAAUCAUCCUUCAAAAUGCAAUGUGUUUUCCCAAUUUUUCCUUCAACCUUCUUUCUGUGAGUAGACUCACUUCCAACCUCAGCUUAUCUUUUCAAUCUACCAUGUGUCUUAUACAGAUCUGGAGCAGAAGAGAGUGAUUGGUUCUGAUAGCCUUCACAAUGGCCUCUAUUACCUCCAAGCAUCACACACCCCUAAGUUUAUCUCUGCAGCUUCCAGAACUCCUUUUGACAUAUGGCAUUUUAGAUUAGGACAUGUCUCCCACUCUAAAAUCCCUAUUCUCAACCAAUUUUGUACCUCCAUUACCACACAGAGAGAUCAACCAUGUGAUGUAUGUCAUUUUGCAAAACAAAAACGUCUUUCAUUUCCUGUAAGCCAGUCUGUAACUCAGUACCCUCUUGAACUACUUCAUGUAGACAUUUGGGGUCCUAACUCUGUCCCUUCUUAUGAUGGCUAGGGCUGGUAAACGGUCGGUAAAUGGUUUAACCGGUUACCGUUUGACCGGUUACCGGUAUACCGGAAACCAAUACACCUCUGCCGUUUGCCGAUACCGAAUAAUUUUCGGUAAGCCGA